AUGUCUAGUCACGGAUCCGCGCCACUGCUGCCUCAAUAUUUCCAGCCACCUUCACCGCUUGAACAUGGAGAAGAACUCCACAAGACUGCUCUGGCCCUGGGCGCCGAAGGCAAAGGGUUGCUCGCCGCAGACGAGUCCACAGGGAGUAUCAAAAAGCGGCUGGAGAAGGUGAAAAAGGAGAAUACCGAAGACAAUCGGCGUGAGUGGCGAGAUGUCAUGUUCACAGCCGAAGGCCCGUUUGAGAAGUACAUUUCUGGUAUAAUCACCUUCGAAGAAACCCUCAUGAAACAUGACGCCCAGCUGGAUUCCCAGUAUAAAGGAAAAUCAUUCGUCAGCAUCAUCAAGGAACGGGGGAUAAUCCCGGGGAUAAAGGUCGACAAGGGCACAGUGGCUCUUCCACGGACGGUGCCAGAGGAAACAACAACCCAGGGAUUGGAUGGUCUGCUCGAAAGAUGCAAGCAAUACUACGAGCGAGGUGCUCGCUUCAGUAAAUGGCGUUGUACCUAUAUUGUCUCACCACGGACGCCGUCACAUCUUGCGAUUAUGGACAAUGCGGAGGUGCUGGCGAGGUAUGCUGCCAUCUCGCAACAGGCUGGCCUUGUCCCAAUCGUUGAACCUGAAGUGCUGAUGAUACAUGACCAACCCUUGGAGCGUUCGAUGGAGGCUCACAUUGUCUCCUACUCGGCGUUAUUUGAGCGGCUGUCUUUGCACAAGGUCGACUUUGCUGGGCUGGUCCUGAAGGCUUCGAUGGUUGUCCCUGGCGACAUGUCUGGACAAAAAGCAAGUCCCGAGCAGGUGGCGGACGCUACAGUGCAUGUUCUCAGCAAGACUGUGCCUCCGCUUGUACCAACCAUUGUCUUCCUGUCUGGUGGACUCAGCGAUUCUGAUUCGAUCUCGUUCCUCAAUGCCAUCAACAAAAGGAAACAAUCGAACCCAGCGGCGGCGCCUUGGGCUUUGACCUUCUCUUUCGGGAGAGCAUUGCAAGGCGUCGCUAUGCAAGCUUGGGCAGAUGGAAAGCUGAAAGAAAGUCAAUCGAUGUGGGUUGACCGAGCCAAAUGGUCUGGAGAGGCUGCUGCUGGGAAAUACGAGGGCGGUUGCCCGUCAUAA